AUGAGUGGCCACGGCGCAGAGUAUCCCGAGACCAUGGCUUUACGACUCCGAAAGGGAUGCAGGGAAGUCACAACACCUGUAGAACAUUUGAAGGCCGCACGGCUUAUAUGGCAUUUUGAGGAAUUCACUUCCGACACUUUAUUAUUCGGAAAGCGUUUCUGGGUUGAGGAAAUUCUUCCUCUUGCAUUCCAUCAUGAUUAUCUGAUGCAUGCUAUUCUCGCGAUAGCUUCGUCGCAUUUAAGUUUCCUCCUUCCACAGGCGCGUGAGAGUGAAAGAAGCAUGAAAAUCCAUCUCGGGCAUACCCUCCCUGGUUUCAGAAAAGCCGUGGGCACUGUCGCGUCAAUCCAGGAUACAGAUGUGUUGAUUGCAUGCGGUUUCCUCCUUCUCUAUUACAUGUGGUCUGUUCCAUUUUUCAACGAUGAGGGUAACCCAAGCCUCAGUGCUGAUUCUGAUGGCCUGUUCUGGUUCGCGCUCGGGCUGAAAGAAGUGACCGUAACUGCAUAUGAAACCCAAACGCGCGCUCAAGCCCAUGGACUAUUCCAAGACAUCGCCAUCCCGCAAUAUGUCAAAGUAUUGGCCGACAUCCGCAACCGAACUGAGAACGCCAUUUGCUCCUAUGACUUCAACAAGAACUUCUUUGGCAACCUCGAAUCACCGUGUACACAGAACGAUGCAACACCUCCGCCAAGCUGUCGUGAGAUCAAUGCCUUGGAGCGGCUCGCCCCGAUCUUCUACGUCGUAGAUUCAUACUCGAUCGGACUCGAUCUUGCCGACGUGAUGCCAUCGUUCAUGGUAUACUCCUUGAUAUGGCCAACAAAGACUUCCCAGCAGUUCGUGGAUGAUAUCAGCCAAGGAAAAUCGCAUGCAUUGCUUGUCCUGCUUUCUUUCUACGCCAGCGUGUGGCUCGUCCUAGCGGACAGUGCUUGGUGGGCUCACCGUCGCUGCAAAAUUAUGUGUGAAAGCAUUCUGGCUCAAUUGAUUCAUCAAAAUAAUGGCGCUUGCAGCGAGAACCUGCAUGAAAUUACGAGGUACUUUGAUUUCAAGCAAAACGAUGAAGGAAAAUGGGAUGUAAACAAUAGAGUCACACUCCGCGUAUGA